AGACCACAACAACUCACGAAAAAAAAAAGAAAAAGAAGGAGACGGAAAACGACAGGAAACGAAACCCAUUCAGGGGGGGGAAACACACACACGAUCACCCUGAUCAAAAAAGACAGCAGACGGACACAUUCAAAAGACGAGAUGGAACCAUCAGCUGACCAACCCAUCCAAAACCCAGCCCCUUCCUCCCCCACUAUCACAACAACGACAAAGACAACGACAACGACGACUCCGAAGACUUCGAAUAAUCCAAAGACUACGACUCCAAAGACUGCAGCUCCAAAAAACACGACCACCAAGCCUCGCAAAUAUGAUGCUAAUUACUUGCCAGUCACCGAUGCUGAGAUCCAAUCUCUGGUCGCCUGUUCAGCUACCAAAGAACAAUCCGAGGCAGCGUUUACCGAGUUCGAACAGAGUCGAUACUCGGAGAACUGCAAUACGAACCGAGGCUAUAAGUCGGAAGAGGACCGCUGGCUGACGCGCUUACGGCGAUAUCUGAAGUUUUUUAAUGGACGAAAGACGGCCUCAGGCUGGCCGAUCACCCCGGAGAAGUUCAUCCUCUGGGCCCACCGGGACCCACGCCCCACGCUCCGAUCCAUCACCACUUACUUGCAGACCAUCGAGGCCGCUCGUCUGGCCACCCAUCAUCUCUUCGCCCCUCAUUUCCCUACUCUCGAUAAUCAGCCGCUUCCUCUCCAUCCUGAAGUCAAGAAUACGAUCGACUAUUUCGAACGUAAAUUCGCUGGGAAUCCGACUACCACUGCUGCGGACAAACCCGGCAACUCUAAUGCUAAACCCAGUGGCUCAAAUGUCAAAGCUAGCAAUAGCUCUACAGAUAAAACUCAUCACUCAACUGCAGCGAAAGUUAAAACUAGAGGAGACAAACCAAGUGGCACUACCGACAAAACUACCAGCGCUGCCGCCAACAAGAGCUGCGAUACUGCCAAACCUUCCAGCUCCAAUCAUGCCAAAUCUACUAGCUCUACUACGAACGCCGGAAGCUCUACCGUGAAGGCCAGUUGCUCUGCAGAUAAAGCUGGAAGCUCUGCUAUGAAUACCAGCAGCUCUACAGAGAAAGCUGGAAGCUUUCCUAUGAAAACCAGCAGCUCUACCGAGAAAGCCGGGAGCUCUACUGUCCAAGCGGGUGGUUCAACUGCCAAAGCUAACACACAUAUCCACCCAGCCAGCAACCCUGCUGAUAAAGAUAGAACCAAAGACAGGCCGGAUAGUGAGAACAAAGCUAGCAGAACUACUACCCCCACUGAUCAUCCACCGGAUCUUCCCAAAACGAAGAAGCUCGUACUGACGAUGAAGACCCCCAAACUCCCCGAAAAAGCGGCGUCAACGACACCUAAUACUACUGUUGCUGCUUCCAGAUCCACUGAAGCUCCUACCAAACCUCCACCGAAAAAAUCGGCCUCGCUCCCUAAUCAACCUGCCUCCGUCCCCGCCUCAUUGCCUCUUAAACAUCUCAAUAGAAUUAAGAAGAAUGCUCCUCAAGCGACGUGUUCUGAUGAGAAAUCAAGAGAUAAUCUGCCCCCGAUUUCCCACAGGAAUUCGGCCCCUCACUCCGAGUCUUCCUCGAGGAGUAAGAGAGCACCUCAAUCGACAACGCCCGAUCAUGCUGUAGAUCUCUCCCACAUUUUUAGUGCCGUGGAUCCUAGUGAUGAUGAUCUUCCCCUCUUUCGUCGACCCCCCUCGCCCAAAAAGAAAAAGAAGAAAAUCAUCGACAACAACAACAACAAGAAGAAGAAGAAGAAUAAUAAUAAUAAUAGUAAUGAUCACAAUAAUAAGCCGAUUCCUAUUAAUUCUUCGCCAAAAACAUCACGAAGACUUUCGGGAAGCUCUGAUGAUUGUCCUUUAGCUCUGCUUCCGACCCCUCCCUCUCAACGCAAAAAAAUCAAAACCUCUCAUCAUGAUCAUCAUCAAUCUUCUGGUCUAGAGCCAGUCUCGUCGGGACUGCGGGAUGUUAAGGUCACCGAGCCUCCUAUCUAUGACCAAAUCCAGGUCUUCACGGAUUCCAGAAUCCCCGAGCUUCGUCGACAAAUCUUACAGGCUCUUCGAAAUGAUCAUCCAAAUAAUUUCAGUCCGCAGGAAGUGAUAGAAGGGAUCUCAGUCCAGAUAGCAUGUUUAACGGGGCCCGAGGGAGAGCUACGAAGGAUCGGGACGGCGGAAGAUUUGGCGGGCUGUUUGACGAGUUAUCUGGAGUACUGGGCCACGGAGGGGAUCUCGGGGUUCCCGAUGAGCGGGAUGAAGAUGAGUAUGUGGCUGGACUCGUGUGAGCCGGCGGUGACGAAGCAAGAAGCCUCGGACAUCCCCUGGAGCUUUGAUUUAUUAUGUCGGAAGAUCGUUGGCGGCUUUGGGGCGGAGGAACAAGUGACGAUGUUUUCGUAUCCUCAGUCGAUCCUCGAGGCUCCCGUCUGGCACUCCUUCCUGGACUCCUUCGGAUGGAGCUCGCUCGCCCGACUCCAGCACCCCCUCAUCAUCCCCUCCCCUCCUCCUCUCAAUCUGUCCUCUCAGAACUUGCGCUCCUCCCCCAAGCCCCGCUCCAGACCCCCCUCCUUCUCCACUAUCGGUAGCUCCCUCUCGUCCCUCCCUCUCUCCCCUUCUCCCUUCCCUGAUCCUCCUCCGGAUUCGGCUAACUCUGGACAGUGCUUUCCUGCUCAUUCCAACUCUGAUCCCAGAGAUAAAGAUACCCAACUCCUUCUCGACAAUGAUCAUCAUCAUCAUCAGAUCGAUGAGGAUGAACACCAGCUUUCUGGGGUCCAGGUGGCGUACAAACGCGAUUCGAUCCAUUCCGUCCAACACCAGACUUUCUUACACAAUUUACAUCGGUUCUUACAACUCCUUUCUUGA